AUGCGCCUCAUGGUUGGAGCACCAAAAUGGACAAGGAUUUGCACUCUCCAAGUUGAAACCAACAUCCCUCCUCUGGCAACAAGACUGAAAGCCGUCAGCACCGCCCACCUCGGCAAGCUCCUCAGACAAGAGACCACGUCAGCGAAGACAGAGAGCAUCAGGCAAGCCCUCGCCCAGGACAGGGACCUGUUCACUAAGAAGACAUGGGCCUCCACAGCAGCGGACAGCAUCAAGACACUACACGUCCAACACUUUUUCACUCAGUUCAAAGCAGACACACCACACGAAGAUUACACCCCACCACCGCCAUGGACACCACAUGUUCCCCAUACGUCAGCUCUCAAACCACCGACAGCCAAGGCCAAGCUCAGCAGUGCGGAGCUCUCAGCACUAGCCGAAGAAGCCUUGCAGUCAGCACCCUCCAGAGACGCUGAUGUAUACUAUACAGACGGCUCAGUUGACCGCGAGACCAACACCGCAGCUUCUGCUUUCCUCCAUGAGGAGGAAACAGCUCUCUUCCGGCUUCCUGACGGGUCGUCUACUCUGCAGACUGAGCUCCUGGCUAUACUUAAAGCGCUCCAACACUCUGAACCAAGACAGAAGCCAGUCACCAUCCACACGGACUCCCUGGGCUGCAUCCAGGCACUGACAAGAGGGACACCAAGAGAUAAUGUGGGCCUGAUCACUGCCAUUCUGGUCACGGCCAGACGCGUCCAGGCAAACGGCAGGGCCGUGCAUAUCAAUUGGGUCCCAAGUCACACAGGCAUCCCAGGGAACGAGAAGGCCGACACAGCAGCAAAAAACGCCCUAAGUCUUCCCAAUGUCACUGCAAAAAUACCGCCAAGUCUCUCCAGCCUGAAGAACAACAUUAAAGCGGUGACUCGCCAGGAAGCUCGGGACAACAUGAGACAAUGGGCCAGUGCGGGAUCACCAAGUGCUUACUGGUACCUACAGGCAUUACAAAAUCCCGACCCACUUCCACGAAACCUGGAGAGGGAAUCCAGAGUGAACCUACACAGACUCCGUCUAGGUUACAAAUGCUUCAAUGAGUUACAAAACACCUAUGACACUUGUCCACACUGCCACACACAGACCAUGUCCCCACUCGUACACUACAUUGAAGAUUGUCCAGCAACAGGGACACUGCUCAACAGAAAUAUUGGCACCGCUCCAGAUAUACUGAGACAUACACCACAAGACACACUCAUAGAGCUAGUACGGACGUACCCUCCACCUCGUUAA